GACUCGGUCGCGAGCGGCGCGUCACAACAGCCUUGACCUGCUGCUCCGGCUAAGCUAGGGAUCAUCGCGAACAGAUGUUCCGUUUAAAAUGCAUUGAAUGCGGACUUUUACUGAAAUGUUCCGUACCGACGGACGGUGAGACGGCGGCGGGGGAAGCUAGCCACCGUGACAGCGGCGGUUUAAACGAGCUGCUGUCACUCGUGUCUGUUUUAAGUUCGCAGCAGCUAGCCGGCUAACUCCGCGCACCAAAAGUGAAAUAAGAACUGGAGCUUCAUGAUUUAAAGAGUUUGUCUGAAGUUUAAGAAAAACAAGCUGGAAAUAGUUUGGGUUGAAAACCUCUGAUGUCAGUUUUUGUGGGUGUGAAGAUAAAACCACAUCUGGAAAGAAAAGACGGUGUCUCCACAUUAUGGUUGCUUCCUGAGCCCCAAACCCUUCGUCAUGGACUCCUAAAUCCUCCCCGGUUGUUUGGGACCGGAGGCUACCGCCCAGCCUGUCUACCUCCCACCCCACGUGUAGAUGGGGAACUGUUGUUGUGAUGCUGAAAGUCCCUGCGGCAGCAUAGAGGAACGAAGUGUUUUGCUGAAAGAUGACUCAAAGACCUCAUGCGCUGGUGAGAGGGUAGUGGUUGGCACUCGUGGUCCUGAAGACGACGAUGACAUGAGGCAGUCUAGGGUUGUGAACACGGAGGAGGAGGAGCAGAGGUGUCAGAACAAGGAAAGGGAACCCAAAAGCACUCGGGGAAAUGGGCAUUUACAGAAGGAAAACAUUCAGCAGGCAAAAGCUUCUCCAAGAACAGAGAGCGCCACCGGAGAACAACAUGACAGAAAGGAAGAUGCUGCUGCAGACCAACGCACUUUAAACCAACUGCAGAAAGACAUCUCUACCCCUGAUGGCCACGAAGGUUUGGCCACCGACGUAGAGCCAAAAACAGAAAAAGAAGAUCCAACCACAGUGCAGGAAAAAGUCUCAGGUCUCGUCUUGCCAGCACCUGAAUCUGCCGGCCCAGAAAACCUUUUCCAUCCUGAGACAAACACUCCAACAGAGGACAACAACACAGCGAGCGGUUCUCACGCUGGUUCUGGAGUAGAUGUCAUCGGUGCGGAGGCCAAACCGUCAGAGGAGUUCACCCAAAACAAUGAGGUGUUAUCGGAGCCAAACACUGGGGCGGCGUCCAUCCCUGCGGUCAGCCAGGAGACAAACACAGCGGCUCCCAGCUGUUCAGUGGAUUCAGACACAAAAAGCCAUGUUAUCUCUCAGCCUCCUUCUUCUGGGUCGGAUACCACAGAACCCGGCCACGUCCAGGAGAAACCGGACCACGUCAGCGCAGACAAGAAGCCAGAGGUCGGAUCUGCAGCAGAGGCCAAAGACAGCUUAAAGUCGGAUCAAGAAGAAAAGACAAAUCCUGAGGGUUCAAGUCCUGCAGAGGACAUUGCGGAGGAAAUUGGCAAAAAUGCUCCUGAAGAGAAGGAGGAUGACAGUGGAAAGAAGCAGGAGAAGGUGGAGGCUGCUUUAACCGUGACAGAAGCUCCUCAAGUUGAGAAACAGACAGACAUCCAAGAGAAGCCUGCAAUAGAAGAGCAUUCAUGCAUAAAGGCCAAUGAUAAACCUGCUGCAGAAGAGGAAGGAGCUCAGGAUGACAGUGAGGAAGAUUUGUACCGAGGAGAAGAGGAGCUGUCUGCAUCACUAAGUGAUAAACCGUCAGAAAUUCUAAAGGUGCAGGACAAUUGCAGUUUGUCUCCAGCUGUGGCCAUCCUGUCUUACAGCGAAAGGGAAUGGAAAGGAAAUACUACCAAAAGUGCUCUCAUCAGAAAGGGCUACAAAGAGAUGUCUGCGAAGUUCAGCCACUUGAGGAGAGUCAGAGGGGACAACUACUGCGCCCUCAGAGCCACCUUGUUCCAGGUGUUGUCCCAGAGCAACCAGGUGCCUCAGUGGCUGCAAGAGGACACUGUUUUAAUGCUGCCAAAGCAACUGGAGGCCCAGGAAGGGCUGAUAAGUCAGUGGCAAUUUCCUGGACAGCGCGUGCACGGAGAUUGCACCGAAAAUCCCUCUGAGCGACUGAAGGGCUACAUGGAGCUGCUCCGAAACACGUGGCAGGCAGCUGCGGACUGUCCCGGCGCUGCGGAGCGCCAGAACCUCUGCGAGCGGCUUUUCCAGGGCCAAGAGGAGGAGCUCGGGAUGCUGGAGGCGCUGAAGCUGCUGAUGCUGGGCAGAGCGUCGGAGCUGCACGACCGCAUGCAGGUGGGCGAAGAUGUCCCUCUCUUCUGCUGGCUGCUGUUUGCUCGGGACUCGUCCGGCUGUCCACGCUCCUUCCUGUCCAACCACCUCAGGCAUGUGGGCCUGAGCGCCGGGCUGGAGCAGGUGGAGAUGUUCCUGCUCGGCUACGCCCUGCAGCACACCAUUCAGGUAUACAGACUGUACAAGGCCGACACGGAGGAGUUCGUCACCUUCUACCCGGACGACCACCGGGACGACUGGCCGUCCGUGUGCCUCGUCACGGAAGACGACCGCCACUACAACGUGCCGGUCACAGAACCUGCGGAGCCCAGCGAGGAGUUCACCUCCAGCUGAUUAACGCCGCAGGAAGACCUCCUGCCGUAAAAACGCCCCUCAGGUCAAUCAGAGUGACACGUUUAUCCAGGUGUAAUAUUGGGAUAUAUGCUUCUUGGCUUACGCCCGAAACGUCGCAGAUUCUCCUCUGUAUAGUUUUGCUUGUUGGCUGUUAGAGGUCAUCGGUUCAAAAAGAGAAGCGAUGACCUCUUCUGAAGCAAGUAAUGAACAUAAAGUCAUUUAGUUCUUAUUUCAUAUUAGUGCCAUCGCAACAUUCCUGUCAUAUUUGCCAUAUUUUAUUUUUUCUGUGCCAUAAAGCUUUUUUUUUUCUUCUAGUGUAAUGCUAGGAAAAAAAACAAGGAAAGUCACCUGGAUCACAGUUGUGUUUAGUUACAAUAAUUCAUGAAUGUAAGUCGGGAGAAUAUUUUAGUCCUGCAGUAAAACAAUGUUUUUAUUGAUUAGUUUCAUACGUAAUAUGGGCAGGGAAAUCUUUCUUGUUUGUGGUUCUUACAAGUUAAUAGA